AUGUCUGUCCGCCACAGACCGAACUCUUCCUCGAUGUCCGCUCGCAAUGCGACACGAUUCGGAGCCGUUGAGAGCCGGCGGACAAUGUUCAUCCAGACCGAAAACACCCCCAACCCCGACGCCCUCAAGUUCAACCCCAACACCAAUGUCCUACCUGAGGGCUUUCCCUCGGCCUUCCUCGAGUACAUGAACCCGCGCUCUACCCUCGCGCCGCCGCACCCAUCGCCACUAGCCGCUAAGCUGUUCAACGUCGACGGCAUCACCUCCGUCUUCUUUGGCUCCAACUACAUCACCGUUUCCAAAGACAGCUCCGUGCCAUGGGCGCACAUCAAGCCUGAGGUGUUCAGUUUGAUCAGCGAGUACGUCGCUUCUGGUCAACCUAUGGUGAACGUUGCGCAGGGCAGUGCAGCUGGCGAGGGCCAGGAGAGCGAAGAGGAUAGCCUCGCGUACAACGAGGAUGACGAUGAAGUAGUCGGUAUGAUUAAAGAGCUGCUGGAGACGAGGAUCAGGCCGGCAAUUCAAGAGGAUGGUGGCGACAUCGAAUUCAGGGGUUUCCAGGACGGGAUUGUCAUGCUGAAGCUAAGGGAAGUCACAGGUGUCGAGCAAGUCCUGGACGAGGAGGAGGAAGUUGCACUGAAGGAGUUUGCGAAGUUCGAGGAGAAGCUGCGUCAACAGAAGGGUCCGGAAGCUACUGCGUCGACUAUCGGCAAGGGAAGUUUGGAUACUGUCGAGUAA